AUGAAGAAGGAGAAUGUGCCCAUCUUUGUUUUUAAUGAUAUUGAUGCCGACAAUGACCCGUUGUACUAUGAUUAUUGCCCCACGGCAAUUUUCCCUGCUUUUGUGUAUUCAGGGGGAACUAUGGGGUGCAGUUGUAUUACUAGUUGUCAUGAUGGGUGUUUGUGUGCAAUGAAGAAUGGAGGGGAGAUUGCUUAUGAUAAUAAUGGUUUUUUGCUUAGAGGGAAACCUUUAGUAUUUGAAUGUAACAACAAUUGUGGUUGUCCUCCUAGUUGCAGAAAUCGUGUGAGCCAGAAGGGGCUGAAGCAUAGAUUGGAAGUGUUUAGGUCCAGGGAAACAGGUUGGGGAGUUCGGACUUUAGACUUGAUACAUGCUGGUGCAUUUAUCUGUGAAUAUGCCGGGCUUAUUCUUACAAGGGAGCAGGCUCAAGUUUUCUCCAUGAAUGGAGACACACUUAUAUAUCCUGGCCGGUUUACAGAAAAGUGGGCUGAAUGGGGGGAUCUAACCCAAAUAUAUCCUGGUUAUGUGACGCCAACAUAUCCGUCUAUUCCUCCAUUGGAUAUUGCCAUGGAUGUUUCCAAAAUGCGAAAUGUUGCUUGCUACAUAAGCCAUAGCACUUGUCCCAAUGUGAUGGUGCAGUUGGUGCUUUAUGAUCAUAACAACAUUUUGUUUCCUCAAUCUUAUGCUAUUUGCAAUGGAGAACAUCCCCCCGAUGCGGGAACUUAG